AUGAACAGCGACAACAACAACAUCACCCUUGAAGGCUCUGCCUCAAAAAUCUUCCAAUGCUUUGAAAAUUCUCUUUACUCCAUCCUGUAUCAUCGGGGGAUAUACCCUGCCGACUGCUUUCGUGCAGUCCAUAAGUAUGGCGGCGUCUUGGUUCCGACCCUUGUGGAAGAGCGUAGCUAUGUGGAUAAAACUCUUCCACAGAUUUACGAGUGGCUGUUCGAGCAAGUGCUCAAACAACUUUUGGUGGUUCUCUGUUCCCCAGAGACCGGCGCCGUCAUCGAACGAUGGCAGUUUACCGUCGCACCGUACCGCGACACAGCCGAGUCGUCCGCCGAUGAUGUUCCGGACAUGUCGCAUGCCAUGUUCGUAGAACAGAUGAGCCGAACCCUGCGUCAGAUUGGCGCAAGUUCCUGCAUUCUGCCCGCAUAUGACUUCCAGCCGACCCUCACGCUGAUGUGCGUGGCAGAAGACUAUGUGGAACCGGACGACGACUGGGAGGAUCAAGACCGCGAAGCCUUGGAGAUCGAAGGCGGGGCCUAUGUGCGGCUCAAUUCUAUCGAUGCCGCGGAUCACUGCAUCGAACCUCUGAUCCAUUAUCAAGUCCACAGCUUUGACCACGAAGAAGGUAGCGACCAUGCGCCUGAACUUCCUGCCGCCCAAGAAGGCAAUGUCGUCGAACCUGACGAAGCUGAAUCCGACGGGGAUUCUGAAAGCGCCCCGGACAAUUACAUGGAAACCGACGACGAGUACGAAUGUUAUUGCUUCGGCUACUGA